CAGUUUUACAAAUGUUUCAACGGAGCACCAGUUGCCAUGAGUUGUCCUGGCGAUCUGCUUUACAACCCCUAUUUGGAACGAUGCGACUGGCCAAAUGCAGUUAACUGUGGAGACAGAGUAAUCCCAGAAGACUGCGAAACUGAAGGAGGUGGCAAUGGAAAUGGUGAUGGUAAUGGCAACGGUGACGGAGGCUCCGGUGGUGGAGGCGGUGGUGGAAACGAUGGCACUUGCAAUUGUAAUCCAGAAGAAGCACCCUCUAUCUGCAGUAGACCAGGGUCGAACGGAGUCUUAAUAGCUCACGAAAAUUGUAAUCAGUUUUACAAAUGUUACAACGGAGCACCAGUUGCCAUGAAUUGUCCUGGGAAUCUUCUCUACAAUCCCCAUUCAGAACAGUGCGAUUGGCCAGAUGCAGUUACCUGUGGCGACAGGGUGAUCCCAGAUGGCAACGAAUCGGGAGGGGGUGACGGAAACGGCAACGGCAACGGAAACGGUAAUGGUGAUGGAGGCGCUGGUG